UAUUUACAAGUGUUACUGCAAAGACGUCUUAAAAAAUAUGGCAAAUUUUAGCGCUUUAAACCGAAUGAUAAAGUUGCAAAUAUUAUUGAAUAGUAAAAAUGUACAUCUAAGUCAUAUUGCUUGUCGUAACCUAACCUGCUCUUCAGUCUUAGCUCUAAGAUAUAAACAAUCACAGACGACACAAGAGCCACCUGAACAAUGUCAACGUACCCAACAGCAUUGGAAUUCGCAUGCCUCUAAUCGAAGUACAAAGUAUUCAAGUUCAAAAUCUUUUUUAAAACAAACACAGAACUCCACACCACUAACCUCAAGUCAGCGAACAUUGUGCACAAAAUCCGCCGAAUCCAUUGAGGAUUUUAGGUCACGCGAAGAAAAACGUGAAGCUGAAUAUGAACAACAACAAGAAAAGGCCAAGAGUCAGCAAGAGAACGAGGCAAGAAAUGCCAAAGCUGAGGCGGUGCGUGUGAAAAUCUUGGAGGCUUCACUGCAACAUGUGCCCACAUUAGGCUGGACACGUAAAGCGAUUGUGCAGGGGGCUGAAGAUGCAGGUUAUCCCAGUGUGGUGCAUGGCAUGUUUCCCGAUGGAGGUUUUGAUUUGGUGGCCUACUUCAAUGGCAAAUGCAAUGAUGAGGUUUUGGCCACUAUGCAAAAGGAAACCGAAAAUGGGGCAAAAGAGAUUUCCAAUCCCUUGGAAUUUCUGGUGCGUUUUGUACGCAUGCGUACCGAGAUGACAAUACCCUACAAGGCACAAUGGCCCCAGGCGGUGGCUCUAAUGGCUUUGCCAAAAAAUGCGCCCACGAGUUUGGCCCAGCUAUUGACACUGGUCGAUGACAUUUGUUAUUAUUCCGGCGAUCGUUCGGUGGAUAUCGGCUGGUAUACCCGUAGAGUAGGUUUGGCUGGCAUUUUCAAAAUGACCGAGUUGUAUAUGCUGCAGGAUAAUUCUUUGGAUCACAGCCAAACCUGGGAGUUUCUACAAAAUCGCAUGGAUGAUGCCAUACAAUUGCAAAGUACCUUUAUGAAAAUGGGUGGAGUUACCAACGAAGUUCGAAAAUCCUUUAAUUCAACUUUUAUAACAGCACGUAAUAUGUUAGGCUUGAAUUACAACAAGUCAUAGAUUAUCAACCCACACUCUAUGUACAAAUGGCCACGCAGACACUCACAAAUUCCCACUGAUGUUGCCAUAUUUUUUUAAAUGGCUACGAUUACUUACAAAUGCUGACGUUAUUUUACCCUUUCAAAAUUUCUUACGACUAAUCUUCUACACCAAAUCAGACUUGACAAAGAAAGUCUGACGUUUUGUUAUUUAUAUUUUUGCCUUUUUGUUGAUAGUAUGAUGGAGAAGAUCUGUGCUAUGGAUAAUCUUAAGUAUUGUUUUUUUUUUUUUAAUAUAAAUAAAAUGGAAUAUAUGUAAAUUGAAAAACUAAA